UGGUUAGGGAGUGGGCUGUUUCCGUCUUCUCCGACACCAGGCCGGCCGGGCAGCCAUCUUAGGUUAGUCAGCCGCCGCGAGCCCAGGACAAAAAAACAUCAAGGGCGGGGGGAGGCGAAGCCUAGGUACAGUAAGACGGGACGGAGCGAGUAUGUUACGGGGGGAGGAUUCCUGAAGGAGACACUUUAAUUUUCAGUGGUUUUGGCGCGCUGGAGGCGUCGCGCGCCGAGCGUCGCCGACGUGGUGGCGUCAUCACCGGGCGGCGGUAAGAAGCGGGGGGCUGCGUGGCCACGUGACACGGCUCCGUAGCGCGACCCGGCUUAGCGCGGCUGACCUGCGGCUCCUCUUUCCGUGGCUGAAGUUUCGGCCCCGCCGUUCGCGAACUGUUGAAGCACGCGUUUCCAGCGCCAUCGUCCCUUUUAUGGCCAUCCCGCGAGUCUAGUUCCCACCUGGGUUUGGAUUCGAUGUUAAGAACUGAAAGAAGAUGCACCUGGCCUUUCCCUGGAGCCUUCUGUGUUUUUAAUCAUCAGGUGGAAUCUAGGGUUCUCUGGCCCUAAACCGUAUUUGUUUCACAAAAAUAGAAAUUAGUUCUACCUUAGUGGACAGAUUGUUGCCUACCAUAAUUGUCUCCCAUUGAAGGCCUCUGUGACUGCUCUUUAAGCUACAGAACUCUGUGCUCAAGCUUGUCUGACAUCUGUCCUGUCAAGCAUUCAUGAUGCUGGGCCCUGAGGGAGGUGAAGGCUUUGUGGUCAAACUCCGUGGCUUGCCAUGGUCCUGCUCAAUUGAGGACGUGCAGAACUUUCUCUCCAACUGCACGAUUCACAAUGGGGUGGCAGGUGUCCAUUUCAUUUAUACUAGAGAAGGCAGGCAGAGUGGUGAGGCUUUUGUUGAACUUGAAUCACAAGAUGAUGUAAAACUGGCCCUGAAAAAAGACAGGGAAAGCAUGGGCCACCGGUACAUCGAGGUGUUCAAGUCUCACAGAACCGAGAUGGAUUGGGUGUUGAAGCACAGCGGUCCAAACAGCGCUGACUGUGCUAAUGAUGGCUUCGUGCGGCUCCGGGGACUCCCGUUUGGAUGCACAAAGGAAGAAAUCAUUCAGUUCUUCUCAGGGUUGGAAAUCGUGCCAAAUGGGAUCACAUUGCCGGUGAAUGCUGAGGGCAAGAUUACAGGGGAGGCCUUCGUGCAGUUUGCCUCACAGGAAUUAGCUGAGAAGGCCCUGGGGAAGCACAAGGAGAGAAUAGGGCACCGCUAUAUUGAAGUGUUCAAGAGCAGUCAGGAGGAAGUUAGGUCCUACUCAGAUAUGCCUCUGAAGUUUAUGUCUGCACAGCGCCCGGGGCCCUAUGAUCGGCCUGGCACAGCCCGGAGAUACAUGGGCAUUGUGAAGCAGGCAGGCCUGGAUAGGAUGAGAUCCAGUGCCUACAGUGCAGGCUAUGGGGGCUAUGAGGAGUAUAGUGGCCUCAGUGACAGCUAUGGCUUCACCACUGACCUCUUUGGGAGAGACCUCAGCUACUGUCUCUCCGGCAUGUACGACCAUAGAUACGGAGACGGCGAGUUCACCGUGCAGAGCACCACCGGCCACUGCGUCCACAUGAGAGGGCUGCCCUACAAAGCAACCGAGAACGACAUUUACAACUUCUUCUCUCCACUCAACCCCGUGAGAGUGCAUAUUGAGAUUGGCCCAGAUGGAAGAGUGACCGGAGAGGCUGACGUGGAGUUUGCUACCCAUGAAGAAGCUGUGGCGGCGAUGUCAAAGGACAGGGCCAACAUGCAGCACAGAUACAUAGAACUCUUUCUGAAUUCAACAACAGGGACCAGCAAUGGGGUUUAUAGCAGCCAGGUGAUGCAGGAAAUGGGGGUGUCUGCUGCCCAGGCCACCUAUAGUGGUCUAGAGAGCCAGUCAGUGAGUGGUUGCUAUGGGACCGGCUACAGCGGUCAGGAUAACAUGGGAGGGUAUGACUAGUUUUGUAGGAGCAUUUGAGUUAAUCGAAUUUUCACAGGCAGCCAGUUAGCAGUGAAAGGCAGUUUAUACUAGAGGAAGCUGUGGGACCCAUUUUACACCAUGAGUUUGUGAAAUAUAGAUUUAAAAAUUACUUAGUGUUUUCUCAUGCAAACUUUUCUUCUAGCAUGUGAUAUUGAAUAAACUAAAGCUUUUUUCUUCUACUUUUCUUGAUUAACAUUUUUGCUAGUAUUCUUCAGAGUGCUGUUAUCUGAGUUCAAGUAGUUGAAGUGUGUUUAUGGUGGAUCUUCAACACCACGUGAGCACACUGGGGACACGUACUUUUUGGAGAUCUCAAAGGUGCUAGAUCCCUAAUCAAAGAGAAGCAGUUCUCAUGCUUGUUCAUUCUAGUUUAUAUUUCAUUUAAUAUGUUUUAGAUUAGGUUAAGUUUUAAGUUUUUUAAAAGUUAGUUUUGAGAAUUGAGACACAAUACUAAUACUGUAGGAAUUGGUGAGGCCUUGACUUAAAGCUUUCUUUGUACUGUGAUUUCCUUUCGGGUGUAUUUUGCUAAGUGAAACUUGUUAAAAUUUUUGUUAACUGAAUUUUUUUCUUAAAAUAAAAAAUUUUUCACAAUGAAAAAA